GCGUCGUGAUUCCAUCGGCUGUGCGGCUGUGAGUUGUACCGGAGCUCGCGCGGACAUGCAGCAGUGCGGCUGCGCGACUAAAGUCAUGCUAACAACACUAGCUCUUAUUUACCUGACGUGCGUGCAGUUUUACACCUCAGCGGAGAGAAACGACCGGCCCAUUAUUGGGGUCCUGGCUCAAGAUGUCUUCAGACCCAAGCCCCACCAAACCGCCUACCUGGCGGCUUCCUACGUCAAGUACCUGGAGGCCGCAGGAGCCAGAGUGGUUCCCAUCAUGAUCAACAGGCCGCUGGAGGAGUACGAGAAGCUCUUCAACUCCAUCAAUGGUGUCCUCUUCCCUGGUGGAAGUGCCAGCAUCUUCUCCUCUGGUUACCAGCGAGCAGCCAAAGUCUUCUACAAUCUGGCCAUCGAGGCCAACGACAGAGGCGACUACUUCCCCGUGUGGGGAACCUGCCUGGGAUUCGAGCAACUGGCCGUCUUGACCAGCAACAAGUCGGUCCUGGUGCGCACCAACACCACGGGCCUGCCCCUCCCACUCAACUUCACUGACGAGGCCAAAACCAGCCGCAUCUUCAAGAACUUUCCUGCUGAGCUGAUGGCGUCUCUGUCCACGGAGCCGCUGACCGUCAACGUUCACAAGUGGAGUCUGUCUGUGGAGACUCUGAACAAACUGGACACGCUGAAGAAGUUCUACAGGGUCCUCUCCACAAACACGGACGGGAGUAUCGAGUUCGUCUCCACUUUUGAAGCGUACGACUACCCGAUCUACGGGACCCAGUGGCACCCGGAGAAGAACGCGUUUGAGUGGACCAAGUCGUACAUCCCUCACACGCCGACCGCCGUCCACGUGACCUUCUACACUGCGGAGUUCUUGGUCAGCGAAGCCAGGAAGAACUCGCACCGCUUCAACUCUCUGGACGAGGAACGAGCCGCUAUGAUCUACAACUACUCCCCGGUCUACACCGGAAACAGCAGCGUCUUCGAGCAGAAGUAUUAUUUCUGAGCCGGGACCUGGGGGGUGACAGGGUCGGGAUUGUGAAUGUUCCUGUGUGCACAAGUGAGGAGGAGGACUCCAAUAAUCCAGACCAAAGGAGUUAAGGCCCAUUUAUGCUCAACAUUACAUGCGGAUCCAGAUUAGGACCAAGUCUUCUCUCCGUGCUCUGUUUGUUACAUCUGCAUUACUGCACCCAUAUGUAGUAAAUACAGUAUGUAGGAAGAGGACAACAAUGAUGGAUCUUCUCCAUCCUCCAGUGUGGAGAUAUUGAACAAUAUAUUUCAUAAAUUAUGCACGAGCUACGAGCUGCAAGCAAUGCUUCUUAACAGUCGCCAUGUUUGUUUUGGAGUUUGUCGUCAUAGGCCUUUGACUCUGGGCUGCUCCCCCUGGUGGGUAAUAUUGUGAACAGCAGUACCAACAUAAAGAACACCUGGAAGCAUGUGAUCAGUGACGGCAGCAGGUUUGACAAGGACACUUUUGUGUGUAAAGGGAGCAUAAAUGGGCCUGUAGCUGUAAUUGCUCUUGAUGAUUCACCGUGUGAAGAUGUGUUGAAUGUGUGUUCUAUUUUAUAAGUCAUGUUGAUUUUUACUGCAGAAUAUGAAUUAAAAUAAUUUCUCAAUGAUGUUUUUGUUUGGCUCGCCGAGUCUUGAUUGACAGCAAUGAUUUUGGUUUAUUUCCAAGUCGCAAAUUCAUGAAUUUUGUGUGUCUUUUGUGGUGCGGCUUUACAGCGCUGUUUGUGUUUUCAUGUGGGCAGUGAACCAUCAAAGAAAAACAAAGCUCCGUACAUGAAACAUCUAACAUUAUUUAUAUAAUAAUUAUUAUAUUAAUAACUUUGCUUAAUGUUUUGAGUGUUAACAGCUUUUUAACAUUUCCAUUAUAACAAAAGAAUGACCCAGCUUUGACUUUUAUUCCCAAAUAAUUUCAAUAAAUAAUAAAUAUUGGACUUUGAAGCUCAAAUUGUAAAACUUUAAUUUUUUUGAAAUAGUUGAAUAUGUCACAGAAAAUAGUACUUUCACAUACUUUAACUUUUUUCACCUCCACCUCUCAUGCAUUUUUAGAUUAGAUUAUCAUUUUUGAAUACUUUUAAUGGUAUGGAUUCAUAUAGAUUUUUUAAAUGGUUGGCUUUCACUAUUUGAUUUUAUUGAAUUGAAAAAGGUAAGUAUUUCUCAUAGGUUUGAUUUGACCCAAGUUCUGCUGGCUCACCAUGUCAGUAGAAAACUAAAUGUAUAAGUAAUGAAUCAACUUAGUUUAAUUUGUAAACACAGUGCAAUAACUGCCAAACAGACAAAACGUCAACAAAACUUCCCGCUCUUUUUGGAAGCGAGCGAACUUGGAGAUUUAAUGUUGGUAUUUAGUUAUUUUCUGUCGCUUCAUUUGCAUUUGUGGAAAAUCCAUAUGAAUAAUUUCCUAUUACUUCCGGUCACGUGACCAGCACGAGUUGACAUCUUUCUGAAACAACGCAAAAUUGAAUCAGUCAAAUCCAAACAAAAGGUGAAUUUACCAAGGCGCUGAAGGUUUGCGCCGUCACAGUAACACCGCCACCUGCUGUCCGACUGCGCUCAUUGCAAUCACAAUACUUUUAAAUGUUCUGAUAAAACUGCUCCCACAUUUGACGCUUCAUUUUCACAACGCAAUAGUUUUCAUUGAAUUAAUAAACAUUUCAAGACCAAACAAAAAAGUAUUUUUUUUCGUCACGAAAGCUGGAGACGAUGAAGAAAACUCCCCAAAUCAUGAGGCGCUGAUAAAAUAUCUAUGUUUUAUUCUAACAUUUACCUUCAUGCCACAAACUGCCGUCGCCACUCUCCAUUACAAAGUUGAUGGUCUAAAAAAGCCAGAAAACCCAGCGCUGACGUCAUUUACGCACAAGUAACACUCAUAUAGUACUGCUGUUGUCUGCUAGGAUAAAAUGAUCCGCGUCACAUUUACAGGCUGAGACCAGACUGGGGUCUCAAUCACGAUAAUCACUGGAGAUGCCGAUGAACGCCAGGCGGCGGGAAACAUUCAGAACGUCGACGAUGAGCGCGGCGGAAAAGAGCCUCCUGCCAUGCUGCGGAGUGCGUGACGGCCAAUAAAUAACACGAGGGGCCAGUGGAGCCCGGACUCACUGGCGGUCAACCUGCGGGUCUCGGUCCGGGUUCGGACGGGACGCGUUUCCUCCCGUCGAGGAAUCCGACGUCGUACCGGUCUCUGCUCCAAGUCUCUCAUGGGUCUCUUUCCUAUGUGCCGUCUUACUUUAGUCAGAUGUUUCACACACAGCAAGACCUCGAAACGCUCCAAAAAUGCAACACAAUUCGAAGAAAAAAAAUGAAGAAAGCUUUGCCCCUAAACUUGAACUAAUUUUGUGAUCCGAAUGUGUGACAUUUUGAACUUUAAUGUUUUGUGAGUAGCUGAAACUGGUGGCUUUUCUUCUACUUCUGUUUUUGUUGUUUUAGAAAAGAAAGAUUUUGUGAGUUAACCGCACUUGGAACUUCCCAAAUUGUAUUUAA